CUUAGUUGUAUAGUUCUUCCUCUCUCUUCGGAUAUAUCCUCUUCAGGAAGCUUGUACAGCAACUCUCUUCUCUCUAAUGGACGCUCCCUUGCUUUUCCUAUCAUAAUUGCCCAUCUUGACCGUUCCCUCUGUGGAAUCCAUAGCCUGCUCUCGUCUACCCAUUUCCCUGCCAGUUCUGGCUGUCCUGGACCCUCCCUCCUAUCCCCACCUCGAUGCGUCAGUGAAUGCGCACUGCCAGGCACUGCUCUCUUGAUGCAAUUUCUUUCCCUUGCCAGUCCAGUGAAGAGAUAAUUUUCUUCUCUCUGUCUUUGUGGCUUUUCUCUUGUUUCCUCUCUCACACUCUCUCCUGUCUCUCACUCCUACUGCUGUUCUUCUUCAUAUUCCCACGUCUAUAUCACUUCAGAUAUCUCUACUCUAGUAUCCUAUACCCUCUCUUCUUCUCUUUGCUUUCUUCGUUUUCACUCUCCCAAGCUGAGGGCAAGAUGGCUUCUCCUAUCCGUCCUCAGUUCUUCUGUUCCCGUCCUAAUGGCACCUUGACUCCCAUGAUCGCGCUCGACGAGCUUCCCGCGCACGUCACCAUUCGCGGUGUCCCUCGUGUCCUGUCUCCUAGUGAGACUCAGGGAAUGACGAGCCUGGGAACUGUCAGUCCGAGAGCUCAGUUCUACGUGGUCGAUGGCGUCUCGCCUGGCACCUCGCGUGCGUCCAACGGCCACCAGUCCGCUCAGCACGUCCCUAGGGACGUUGAGCUGCAGAACUCUCUCUUGAAGGUUGUGACCGAUGACACUAUACCGGCUAGUCAGCGUCUAGCUUUGCACGCUCUUAUCCAGCAGGGUCUUUCCCAGAAUUGGGUUAUGUCGAAUCCUGCUGCUGGUGCUUGGUUGGCUUCUCAUACUGGAAGACAGGGUCCUCACUAUAAUACGAAGAAAGAAUUCUGUUCUUACUGGAUCCGUCACGGUGAAUGUGACUAUCAGCAGCAAGGCUGCCUAUACAAACAUGAAAUGCCCACUGACCCAGCCAUGCUGGAGAAACUUGGCCUUCGUGAUAUUCCUCGUUGGUAUCGUGAGAAGUAUGGUCUUCCUAGCCUGCUCCCGGCCGGACACCAGAGCUCUCGCGCCCAUUCCGCCCACGGUCAGCACUGGAAAGACUCGGAUGUGCCUAGUCGUGGGGCCUUCAAGGCUAUCCAGUAUCCGUCUCGUUCGGGGGUACACGAACCAGUGAGUUCUGCUUCUGCUGCUGCCCGUGGAACCGACCUGGCUUUGAAGCAGGAGCCCGUCGGCGAAUAUCCUCAGGCUGAGCAUCAACCCGCCAUCAAUACCACCCAGGCGCAGACUCGUCCCUCUUAUGGCACUGCAAAUUUUCCAAAGGUUUACCCUUCUCACAAGCAGGCCACGAAACAAGUUCCCAGCCAGCAGAACGGCCCCACCAAAAAGAUCGACCUUCUGUCGUUUGAUCCCCUGCAUGAUUACCCUAACCUAGAUCCCAUCGGCGGGGAAUCGACCUACUCUACUGCCCCAGCCACUGCCGCAGAAGAAGCAGAUAGGGCUCACCGUGAAGGCCUGGUACGCAGUCUUCAGUCUCUCGUGCCAUCUCCUGUUUCUGGAACUCCGGAUCUUCUUCCGAGUCCCCUUGAUUCGACCUCCUGCCAGAUCCGCAACAAGAGACAGCAGCAGCCGCAGCAACCCCGGUCUCGCCGUCUCUAUCAGCCUCGCUCACCAGCCAUCCCCGAACCCUUGGACCAGAAUGCAAUCGACGUCGCAUCUUUCAAGAACAGACACAGCAGCGUCGCUACCUUGUCCAGUCCCGCUUCCAUUAUAUCCAAGAGUAGCACCCAGAUGACUAGCCCCCUGGCUGGCCCUGUCCUCGGCAACGGUGACGUGCACUCUGAUCCCCCCACGCGCAUGGCGACCCCCUCUAUCCAUUCCCAGUCAUCCAGCUCUUCUGGAUCGGUGAAAAAGGCCUCUUCUGGCUUUCCCCGUACUCUUGGAAAUAGGGCCCGGCCUAAUUCCAUCGGUACUACCAGAAAGGGUAACCGGAAGAGGUCCGCUGAACCCCUUCACGGUGAAUUGAUCAACCUGGGUGCUGCUGGCCGUGGCAAGUAA